AACCCACGGUAGAACACUCUGCUUGAAAAGUUGCGUUCUUCUUGCAAGUGUCGCUGUCCUGUUUGUUCUGCUGCUACUCUGGAGUUAAAAAGGAAGGACCGCAAAAUGCAACGCCAGGUCUGGAUGAGAAUGAUUAAAAUUCACCUGCUACUGAACAGCCUGUUAGCCAUGAUUCUUGGAGUGGCGGUCAUCGUCAUGGCCCUGUGGACCGGCCGUGACGCCCGCUUCACCGCUGUGCGUAGCAUCACUGUGGAAAACAACAACUACACAACAAUUCACAGCGCAGUUCUGUACACUGCGCUGGCUCUCAGUGCUUUCCUGGUAGUUGCGGGAGUGCUGUGUGCGUCAGGGCUGAUCAGAGAGUCCGAGAGGCUGCUGGCUGCAGGGUUCAUCAUCCUGGCUCUUCUGUUCUGUGUAGCAGUGCAGCUGGGAUACUGGAUGUUCACACGAGUAGGCGAGGUAGAGGGUGCUGUGAUGGAUGUCUAUGAUUUUCUGUACCACGACUUCCUGAGGAAUCAGUCAGACUCCGCUGGGCAGCACCUGACAGCCUUCCACACUGCGUUCUCGUGCUGUGGGAAGCACUCCAGUUCUCCUCUCACUGGCCCAGUGGAGAGCAUCACAUGCCUGGCCGGACUGAGAGCCACGGGGCAGGGCUGCCUGCUUGCAGUGUCUGCUUCCCUGCAGAAGCACAUGGACUGGUGCUGGGCUCUGCUUCUCCUCAUGAUGGCAACUGUGGUGAGUGGCAUGAUCCUGACCUCCUUCCUGUUCUUCUCGAUCCGCCUGGGAGUCUCCAGGGAGAGGCAGGGGAAGUACACCCUGGCAGGGCGCUAGAUUCCUGCUUUCUGGGAUGGAUCAAUUAACAUUACUAACCUGGGACCUCUUAAUCCCUCAGUAUUUCUGUUAUUGGUCCACGGAUUAUCCCUUAUACAAGUUUUCCACAGUAAAAGCACAGUAAUAAAGCUGAGUGAAAGCAUGGUAAAGCAUAGGUAAGCGUUGUAAAGAAUAGCAAGAUAUGUUUAAGAAUGUUAAUAAACAUGGCAAAAAAGCAUUGGGGAAAACUGCAAAUCCCGGGGGAAACUCUUCUAUGGGAUAUCCACAUGUGACAGACAGACAAAACGAGUGCAUUUUAAACAAGCGAACGUACUGGAAGAUUAUACGCUUCUGCAGGCUUGUUAUAUUUAUCAACCCGCAUGAAUUAUUCUUUUUAUAUUCUAAUUGUUUUCCCAUGUUAAUUAUAUAAUCAAACAAGUGGCCAGAAAAGACACACAAGUUAUUAUUGUAUUGUCACAAAUUGGGUUGUUGUUGUGUUUCAGUUACAUUGUUAAUGUCUGUGAUUCUUUAAACAGAGACUUGUUGUUGUGUUUCAGUUACAUUGUUAAUGUCUGUGAUUCUUUAAACAGAGACUUGUUGUUGUGUUUCAGUUACAUUGUUAAUGUCUGUGAUUCUUUAAACAGAGACUUGUUGUUGUGUUUCAGUUACAUUGUUAAUGUCUGUGAUUCUUUAAACAGAGACUUGUUGUUGUGUUUCAGUUACAUUGUUAAUGUCUGUGAUUCUUUAAACAGAGACUUGUUGUUGUGUUCCAGUUACAUUGUUAAUGUCUGUGAUUCUUUAAACAGAGACUUUGUGCUGCAGUUCUGGGAUUCGGUUUGCCUUCUGAAACUGGUAUAAUUCCACACAGCGGGCUACUGGUUUACGAUGCUGUUUUCUUUUCAUGCGCAAACCAGUGGUUUAUAUCCAAUAAACUCAAAAACAACCAAAAGUAAAAUUAAAAAAUUAAAAAACCCAACACGCUUUUAUCUUAUCAAGCUUCCAAGUGCAGUUCUAUUUUCAGUCCUUCAAUGGCAGUAACAUUUGCUAUUUCUGUAACCAUUGUAUCAUUAAAGCAUUAUAGAUU